AUUGAAAUAAUUAAGUAUUAAAUAUUGAAUUAAGUAUAAGUUUAAGUACUAAGUCUAUUGUGUUAAAAUGAAAACUGUAAGGAUUACAGUAUAUAGUAUUUUAAUUGCUUAUAAUAAAUACAAUCCAGUCAAUAAAAUGUCAGUAGGCUAUUACAAUGAGUGGUUACUUUCCUAUAAUCAAUUGUAGUGUUAGUAUUCAUAAACUUUUCCGAUCUUAUGCAAUCCAUUUAUAGUUUUUAGUGUUUUUAUAGGUACCUACUGUUCUAGUAUUGAAGUAUCGAUAGAAAUAUUAUAGUUGUUGCAUUUUUUAAUCAAAAAAAAAAUAGUAUCUAGUUUUUAUAAUUAUUUACUAUUAAAAUAAAGUGUUAUACAUAUCGUAAGAUAGAAAACUAACAACAACGAUUGUAAAUUUUAAAAUAUUUUUUAAACCGAAAAAAAAUUGUUUACACAAACGGCACAGUUGAAUUUAUCUUUGGGUAAUUUCCGAUACAAAUAUAUUAGCAUUAAAUAAUUUUACAUCAUAAUCUUAAUCAUCAUAAUAUUAUUAUCAAUAGUAACGGCGACGGUGGCAGUAGCAGUAGUAACAGUAGCAGUGGUGAUAAUAUUACAUAGUGACACCACUACCACCGCCACCCCACCACCACCACCACCGCCACCCAUCCAGCAAGCAACCGCCAAACGCCAAGGAGGACGAUCCACUAUAGUAUUAUCGUCAACAUUUGUAAAUAUUAAAUAUUAAAUUGGUAAAUACACCAAUAACAAAACCAUCAACACUAUACGCGCAACUAUAUACAUAUAAUUACAAGCACAGAUUAAUAUCAUCGCACUAACUAUUAUAUACACUAACUAUUAUAUAUACAUUAAGACUAUACAUUAAGUACACCACUAAAUCGACACGACAACACAGGCCGUCGAUAACACACUGCGACGGACAAGUGGACUUCGCCAUGCAGGGGUCCACGUCGCCCUUGUUCGCGAGGCUGCGCCCUCCAGCCUUGCAGGCGGACGGCCAGCGCACUACGACGGCUGCAGCCGCGUCCGUAGACCGUUUGCUGGCGGACAUCGCGUACCAGCGGAAAAAGGAACGCCAGCGGGCGGUGGCGAGCGGCCGGCAGAGCCGACGACACCGCGACGACAGCUCGCAACGUUCGGCUGCCAACUCGAUCAAAGGAUCAACGGCUGCUGGAUUAACAGCAAGUGGAUCCGACGAAGAGGCAGCCUCGGCAUACUGGUGGACCGACGUAUUCCUCCGAUAUUUUGUAUUCGACGAGGACUGCACGAAGAAUACUACCACGGCCGACUCAGAUGACUUGUUGUUUUUCGUACGGCGCCGGCGAAAUAAGCGCAAGUGCAUUAAGCGCCGAUCGUCCCCACGACAUCGACGAAAGGUCAUUUACGACACCCGAGCUUACCGAAAACACCAGCAAAGCCAACAGCAGCAGCAACAACAGCAGCAAAAGCCGACCAUGUUGCCGAUCGGCGACCCGGCAAUCCUGUGGAGGCACACGGUGUGCCUGAACGCCAUCGUCCAUCGGCUGCGGUACACGCUCACGGUGGCCGUGUGCAUGCGUGUGCCCAGAAAAGCCGCCGCACCCGCCUGUUCCGAGUGCUGCGACGGGUCGCAAGAAUUCGAAUCGGCCGACGGCGGACAAGGAGGCUGCGAAUACGACCUUCAGCUGCUGUCGCGACACGUGCACACGGUGUACGCGUCGACUAGCGGAAGGCGUAUGGACGCGGCCAAGGGACCUAGAGAGCGGCCUGUAUAUCCCGCCUUGUGUUGGGCCGUCGACGAUUACGCCGAAGCAUUUCGCACAGUGAUUGUACGCCCUGGACAGACGGUAUGCGCCGAGCUGGUGGCCGAUUGGUCGGGUCCGGCAACCUUGGUCGAGGAAUAUCACGAUAACGACAACGACGACGGCAACGACAACGAUCUAGAUGGCAGUAAUCUCAAUCUGCCCGGUCGUCACAAAUCUGUCAAACUACAACAGAAUCAAAACAGAGUGGUUCUGUUCUCCGGCGCCAUACCUUACGCCGCCGUGCGUGCCGCGUACGAGUGCAAGAUGAGCUUGUACCGCGAUGCAGAACGCCAACGGAGGAAACGGUGGCGGCAACAGCAACGGAAACGCGGAGGCAAGAAAUCGUCGCUGGGCGCCCUGUCCGCAUCGUUGACGGCCCUGUUCGCGGGCGGCAGCAAGGACUCUGUCCCGUCGUCAGACUGCGGAGAUAACGGUUACUAUUACGGUGCUUCCGAGACCGACGCCGAUCGCGUCGAGUACGUGACGGUGCGCGGUUGCCGGCCGAGUCGUGAUGACAACGAAAGCGGCGGCGAAUUGUCAACGGACGACGAAAAUCGCGAAGCUUGCGACUCGGACUUUGACGGAGACGAAAUCUACGACCACACGAAGGGCAUGGCCCAGAUGGCCGUCACUCUCGCACCAAUACAACCUGUUGAAACUAUCACCUCGGGUUUUGAUGGUAAUUCUGAAUACCAUGUCCACCAUCACCACCACCAUCACCAUCACCAACAUCACUGUGUUAGUAGAGAGGACGAUUGCGGCUACAUCGAAUUCGAAUACCCUGAUGACCCUGAUUUUAUUGUCAGGUGUUAUAACCAUGAUAACGAUGAUUACGACCCAGUAAUUGGUUACCAGCAACAGCAGCUCGAUUCCUACACCACACCGGCAACAGCUUCUGAACCGGGUGACUAUUAUGACUACGGGUGGGACUAUGAAACUGCGGCCAGCAGCGAGCAGCAAACACCUCAAACCCCUUCCUAUUAUUAUCAACAGCAACAACAGCAACAACUUGAACGUCAACGACGCCGAGGUGGCAAGCCGAGGCGGCUCAGUGAUCCAUGCUCGACAUCUGUUUUUGAUCAACUCGAUAACAACGACCACAGUUCAGAGCAAUAUAACCAGUCCUUUCAACAACAGCACGAAAUCAAUAAUUAUAAUAGUAUGUAUGGGAAGAAAAGUGGGAAGAAAAAACAGUAUGACUACCAGCAUCGACUACAACAGCAACCGAAUAGAUAUGGAAGUGUAAGAGGACUAUCGUCGAUAGCGUUGACGCCUGGAAGAUCUCAAAAAAUGCAACAUCCGCAUCGGGCCUGGUCUGAGAGCGAUGGGUUGGACAAAUAUGGCGGAGGCCUCGUUCAACAAAUUCGAAAUCAGCAAAAGCCUCAACUGUUACCUCCACCACCAGUACCUUAUUAUUGUGAUGCUGAAGCAGCUGAAUCGGGUUUCGUGCAAUACGUGCAUAAGAGUCCGGGUGACUGGUGGAUACGAACUAAGAACAAGCGUCGUAGAAUACGUUGUAAAAAUAUGAAGCGAAAGCAAAGUGGCAAGACUGACACAACCGUUAUAGAUCGCCGUCGAAGUUCUAGUGCUGGUGCGAAUGGUUGUAACAUUACCGAUGACGAGAAUAGUGAAGGCUCAGAUUCAGGAUCAAACUCAGACCACGAAGAAUCAAAUUCAGAUGAACAGGACAGUGAUGGUGAAUUUAUUGGGGCGCUUGCUGCUGCCGCAGCAUUUGGCCAAGACCCUGAAAGAGAAUGGUUGCGAAACGCUGGUGAUCCAGUAGCUUAUUGGGAUCGAUGUAACUACGAUAGUGACUCAUCAACCGAACCUGUUGACGAUAAUAUGAUGGAAUGGACAGCCGAGAUUAUGGCCACUGAUAUAAGGCGUAAACAACCAUAUCAAAAUUGUUCAAAAUUUUCCAUGUCAUCUAGGAUAGCACAUGAUUCCUUCUAUUGUUGUGAUAAACAGUCACCGACACCUGUCUUAACGAACCAUUUCAUACAUCAUCAACAAAAUCAGAAAUCGGUUGGUCACUCACAGCAAUUCAAUCGCCAACUUUUGCUACCACAAUUCCGACCUCAACCACUGGAGCCCCCACCACCACCUGCACUAAGCGUCGCAUUUACUGCCGUGGCCUGUCCAUGGUGGACAGUCCUAGAAGAUGUGUUGCGUGUGAAUGGCAAAAUUUCAGAAGAGCAAUCGUCAUCGAAUAAAACAGUCAUAGGGUUACCUCUUCUCACGUUUGAUUAGCUCUAAACGUGAAUAAGAAAAAUAAUGAAUAAAUAACGUUUUGAUUUGGUAAACACGUCAAAAAUUAAUCACAGUUGUUAAGAUUAUUUGUUGACAGGCAAUCUAACAGUUCCAAAAUCCAUUAUCUACGAACGUAAUUAAAUUUACACUGCUCAAAUUCUGGAAUCAUCAGUCACAUAGUUUACCCGUAAAUGUAACUAAUUCUUAACGCAUGUCCAUCCAUUUUCCAAACCACCAGUUAUCAAACCACACAUCACAACAUCCAAAAACUUCCCAGCCUCAUAAACACUACCAGAAAAAUAUACUUUCUUCAAAACUUAGAGUACUUAUUAAUUACUGCACAUUAUUCACUCAACAAAACCUUACAUAGUUACAUCUAAAGCUUCGUUUAUACGUUGACUUUGUAAAUUUCAAUUGUGUCGAGUACUAUUUAAUUUAAUUUAAUUUAACACUGAAAUUCUUAUGGUAAUAGAAUAUAUAUCCUAGAUGACUGGUAGUUAAGAUUUUUUUUAUAGAUCUUUUAAGCAAUUAAAGAUUAUUAUUAUUAUUAUUCGAAUAGUUAGUUUAUUUCUGUAGAAUUUUAAGUAUAGUAAAUAAGUACAAAACAAUUUAUUUAGAAAUUAAUUUUAAAUAUUUAAAGAGUGCCGAAUUUUAGUAUUUGAUUAAAAAUGUUCAUAUAUGGAACAUAAAUACAUAAUUAACAAACGAUAAUUGUAAUUAUUUUUCAUUUUAUAGUGUAGCUUAUGCGUGUAUCAUUAAAUUUGUUGGAAACAAGAGACAACUAUAUAAACGUUCUUUUAUCUAUUUUAAUAUUUUUGUACUGAUUCAGCAUGUCAUCUUUUGUAAACUGUUUAAUAACUAUUGAAGUCUUACACCUCUCUUUUAAUUGAAAUUUUACCCAUCACUUGUGUGACUAUUUACUCUUUAGUGAGAUCAACGGUUAUUCUUUUCAAAUAAUUUUUGUACAUUUAAUUACACUACAUAUUGAAGGUGUUGGUUCUGGUACAGUGGUACUAUUUACUAUCCUUGAAAAAAUCCUGAAGUUUGUUUUCUUAGUAUUAUCUAUUUGUUUAUAUUACCUUAAAUAUGUCACUGAAGCAACAAACCUGAUUAAAUGUAAUUUUUUUAAUAAUAAUUAUACUAACUUCAUUAUUUUGUAAAAACUGGAGAUAAAAGGACCAACUUUGUAUACGAAAUAACAUUUACAAUUUUUAUAUAAUUAUGAAUUGUUAUACUCGACAAUGUUUUAUAUAGUAAUUAAUUAAUAAUGUUAUUUUAAAUUGUUUCUCUAAGUGUUGAUGGUUUUGUAUUUUUAUUCAGCCAAGUUUAAUAAAUGUUUCUGUAAGUGCUUGCUUACACAUUGAUAUUAUUGGUGUUCUUAAAA